UUUAUUUCUCUUCUUCCCCCUCUACUCUUACUCCCUUUCACUCUCCAUAUUUCCUCACCUACCCUCCCCCUUUUUUUCUUAUCUUCAUCACACACAACCAUGGCUGCCCCCGCCCAGAAGUUCAAGGUCGCCGACAUCUCCCUGGCUGCCUUUGGCCGCCGCGAGAUCGAGCUCGCCGAGAUUGAGAUGCCCGGUCUCAUGUCCAUCCGCCGCAGAUAUGGUCCCGACCAGCCCCUCAAGGGUGCCCGUAUCGCCGGUUGCCUGCACAUGACCAUCCAGACUGCCGUCCUCAUCGAGACCCUCGUUGCCCUCGGUGCCGAGGUCACCUGGACCAGCUGCAACAUCUUCUCCACCCAGGACCACGCCGCUGCCGCCAUUGCCGCUGCCGGUGUCCCUGUCUUCGCCUGGAAGGGUGAGACCGAGGAGGAGUACAACUGGUGCUUGGACCAGCAGCUCUCCGCCUUCAAGGAUGGCAAGAAGCUCAACCUCAUCCUCGACGACGGUGGUGACCUGACCUCCCUCGUUCACGAGAAGUAUCCCGAGCAGCUCAAGGACUGCUACGGUCUGUCCGAGGAGACCACCACUGGUGUCCACCACCUCUACCGCAUGCUCAAGGAGGGCAAGCUCCUUGUCCCCGCCAUCAACGUCAACGACUCCGUCACCAAGUCCAAGUUCGACAACCUGUACGGUUGCCGUGAGUCCCUCAUCGAUGGUAUCAAGCGCGCCACCGAUGUCAUGAUCGCUGGUAAGGUUGCCGUUGUCGCUGGUUACGGUGAUGUCGGCAAGGGCUGUGCCGAUGCUCUCCGCAGCAUGGGUGCCCGCGUCCUGGUCACCGAGAUCGACCCCAUCAACGCCCUCCAGGCUGCUGUCCAGGGCUACCAGGUCACCACCAUGGAGGAGGCUGCUCCCCAGGGUCAGAUCUUCGUCACCACCACUGGUUGCCGUGACAUCCUCGUCGGCCGUCACUUUGAGGUGAUGCGCAACGACGCCAUCGUUUGCAACAUCGGUCACUUCGACAUUGAGAUCGACGUUGCCUGGCUCAAGGCCAACGCCAAGUCGGUCCAGAACAUCAAGCCCCAGGUUGACCGCUACACCAUGGCCAACGGCCGCCACAUCAUCCUGUUGGCCGAGGGUCGUCUCGUCAACCUUGGCUGUGCCACCGGCCACUCUUCCUUCGUCAUGUCCUGCUCUUUCUCCAACCAGGUCCUUGCCCAGAUUGCUCUGUUCAAGGCUGAGGAUGCCGAGUUCGGCAAGAAGUACGUCGAGUUCGGUACCACCGGCAAGAAGCCCGUUGGUGUCUACGUUCUCCCCAAGGCUCUCGAUGAGCAGGUCGCUCUCCAGCACUUGGAGCACGUCAACGCCAAGCUGUCUCAGCUUACCCCCGUCCAGGCUGAGUACCUUGGCCUGGAGGUCACCGGACCUUUCAAGGCUGACCACUACCGCUACUAGAUGUCGAAAUCCUACUGCUAGACUUCAACAUUCACGAUGUUACGACGACAUAUACAGGGUUCUUUAUCAACAUGGGGCUCAAAAGCAUUGUCUUCAACGGCAAAUAAAAGUGGCUGGGUAUGGCUAGGGUUGCAUUGGUGGUUGUGGAGUAAUUGUUCAACAGAAGAUACCAGAUAAUUGAAUACAUCAUAUUCCUACUACAGUAGUUUACC